AUGCACUCUGUAGUGGGCAAGGACACGGGCGCCAAUAUGACCGUAUUUGGCUACAAAGCGCAGCUUCAAACUCCGAACGAAAUUAUAAACCCUCGCCUCCGCCAGUUCGUGUCAUUCCCGCCAUUCAUCAACCCAAGACCUCGCCAGACCAGUAGCUACAUCGAAAUGGACAAGACUCUCGACGAGAUCAUUGCUACCCGCCCCAAAAUUGUCCGUCGCCGUCCAUCGGCCAAGCAGCAAGUUUUGGGCAAUCCCGCCGCCGCCCCUGCCACCCGUGCACGCGCUGCGGCUAGCAAGGCUGCUGCUGCUCCGGUAGCAACUCAGCAGCAACCUGCUGACAAAAUCAUCGUGUCAAACUUACCUAAUGACGUGAAUGAAGUUCAGAUCAAGGAACUUUUCCAUACGACCGUUGGUCCCCUCCGGGAUGUGACUCUUCAUUACGAUAGCCAAGGUCGAUCUAAAGGUGUCGCUGCCGUCCAUUUCCAAAGGCGCGGCGAUGUAUCGACUGCAUUCCCCCUCUUUCACACCCUCGUCGUUCGUCUAGCUUGGCUACCCGUCGUGUCUCUUGUGGAGGUGCUCUAA